UUUGUUCCUUUGUUUUUGGCUUAUCGAUGGCCUCGACGGUACGGAGUAGGCGGAGGCGAGUGACGCAGCCGUUUCGUGAUCGGGAAUGCGAGCGUUGCGAUCAAGAAGCGCAGGAUUCGAUGAGCGGUGUUGCGUGCUGCCAGGUUUUCGACGAUCGGGGGACGAUUUGCGAGGAUUCAGAGAUUUCGGCGCUUCUCGUGUCCACUGAUGCCUCCUCCGCUGAGAAUCUCGCUUCUUUUUCCCAGGAUUGCUGCCACGCUGCUGUGAAAGAGGGGGAGGAGGAACAAAUCGGCAAGAAGCGGCGAUCUUCGUCGUGGAGUGGUCUCGCAUUGCCGCGGCUGUGCGGCGAGAAGAAUGUGAAUGCCGCCGGCGAUGCUUGCAAGAAGCUGGGAUUCGUCGUGACGAGGAAAAUGCGAGCUCUGUCGCUCGACGAUAAUCUUCACGCUCUCUCCUCUAGGAUGAAGCUCCUGUGCAGCCGCGACGACAGCUACCUCCCUCUCGUCGCCUCUGAUUGCUCCAUCUCGCAGCUCAAGAAUCUGGCAGCAGCUGGAAAUCCCUCCAGCCGCCACCACAGCAAUCUCAACAUCGACGAUCAGCGCUCCCAGAGCUUCGAUUCCCGCCGCUACGAUCUCGUCGGUUCUCCGGGUCCGAAAUUUCUCCUCGCCAAUCGAGCGGCAGCUCGGGAGGAACAGGGGGAAUCGUCUUUCAAGUGCUCGGCUUCGGUGCCAUUCAAGUGGGAGGAAGCGCCAGGCAAGCCCAAGCCCUCGUUGGAGAAGCCGGAUCCAACCCUCCAGCUCCCUCCUCGUCUCAGCCGCAGCGCCACUCUCCACAAAUCCGCGAUCUCCUCGAACUUCUCCCAGCGCCGUGCGCAGUCCGUCAAUCACAGGCAAGGAUUGCUAUUAGCAGCGGUCCCGCUUGCCGCGGACGGUGACUCGAGCUCUCCAGCCGUGCAGCACGGUACCGCCGACGGUAAGACGGUCGACCCAAGCUCUCCGACGAGCAUACUGUGCGGCCCCGACCAGAGCAGUGCGUCGUGCAGCGCUUCAUCCUCGGACACCAUCUCCGACUCGGCGGUGGUCUCGGACGCCGAGUCGGGGACUACUACCAAUGUGGCGAAUCCAGCAGCGGUGAUAGAGGAUUGUUCCAAGGGUGGCGGUAGCAGCGUUAAGGUCUCUAUUACCCGAUCGAUCGAGAGAAUUCUCCAUCCCGAUUGGCUGCGAUCCAAGCGCAAGAAGUUCCGUGGUAGCCAGGAUGUGGAGAUGUGGGCUCCGACGCUCGCUGCGUACUUCCACAGCAUUGAAGGUUCGGAGAGCGCCAAGGAUGAGUCGGCCUCGGUGCCAAGCAGCGGGCAAAUUGUGUUGCUCCAGCGCGCGGACGAGGAGGGCGAUGUUGAAUCGGACAAGGUGCUCAAGCUCGACCCCGGUCCCGGUGAGAUCGAUCAAGAUCGGGCUUUGGGUUUUGAGGAGUCAGCGGCGGCUGGAGGAGCAUUGUACUGCGGCUGUGCGUCGCCCAGGCUCGCUCCAUCUCGGUUUCGAUUGAUGCGAAGCGCUAGCUCGUCCGGGCAGAGGAGGUGGAUGGUGACGCGCAUACGGAGAAGCUCGAGGCUCCUGCAAAUGUUCGUGUUCAAGGCCGUAAGGUGUGCCGUCCAGCCCCGACGAAAGUCGCCUUUGGAAUCGUCCAAGCUUGUUUAUCAUCCCGUGAAGAACUGAGUGGAAAGCUUGCCAACUGGACGCUACGCAACUCGCAAGGAGCCCUGACGAAGGAAAAGCCAAGAAACGCAGCAGCAUUUUAGCGCUGCGUGUACAGAGGAGUGGUAUAUUGUGAAUGGUUUUGUGAAGAGGUUUGUACUAAGAAAGAUGUGCUGGUCGCGAGUUAAAACUCUCCCACCAGAUUGUAGCUACUGAAUCGGGCCAGCCAGAUCAACAGCAGUCGUGGAGGCUGCUGCUCGAUCAUCACGAAAUGUGGCAGCAGCAGCGGCAGCAGCAGCAGCAGCAGCAGCAGCCUUCAAAAAAUCGCGAUCAGAGACAAGGAAAAGAGCGACGAGAUCUCUUUGGAUGAAUAUGGUAUGGCUUGCACUUGCAGGGACCAGAGCAGCAGGGACAUUGAAAGACUGUUGCUGGUGGAGACGAAAGUAUCGAUCCGAUGCGAGCGCCAUUAAAUUCCUCCUGGCUGCUGCUGGCACCAAAAUUGUUUGGAGCGGGAGAAAUAAACAUGGAUUGAUAGCGGAGAGACGAGCCAGCACGAAAGUGCCUUUCCUUUCUCUCGCUCCUGGAUAGAAGAACGUCAAUGCCAUCUUUUCCGAUCACAUGAA